CUCCACACGGCUUUGUCUCCCGUUCCCCAUCGUAGCUUUAAAGGGGUAACUCACAAUGUCCGGAGGUCUUGAUGUCCUGCAGAUGAAGGAGGAAGAUGUCCUCAAGUUCCUGGCAGCAGGGACCCACUUGGGGGGCACCAAUCUUGACUUCCAGAUGGAGCAGUAUAUCUAUAAAAGGAAGAGUGAUGGAAUCUACAUAAUUAACCUGAAACGCACCUGGGAAAAGCUUUUGCUUGCAGCACGUGCCAUUGUAGCUAUUGAGAAUCCUGCUGAUGUGUGUGUCAUUUCUUCAAGGAACACUGGCCAGCGUGCUGUACUGAAGUUUGCUUCUGCCAGUGGUGCUACGCCUAUUGCUGGUCGCUUCACCCCUGGUACCUUCACCAACCAGAUCCAGGCUGCUUUUCGGGAACCUCGGUUGCUAGUGGUGACAGAUCCCCGGGCAGAUCACCAACCCCUUACUGAGGCUUCAUAUGUCAACAUUCCCACCAUUGCCUUGUGUAAUACAGAUUCACCACUGCGCUAUGUGGAUAUUGCUAUCCCAUGUAAUAACAAGGGUGCUCAUUCUGUUGGUCUUAUGUGGUGGAUGUUGGCUCGUGAGGUUCUGCGCAUGAGAGGCACAAUCUCUCGUGAGCACCCCUGGGAGGUCAUGCCCGAUCUGUACUUCUACCGUGAUCCAGAAGAAAUUGAGAAGGAGGAACAGGCAGCUGCAGAGAAGGCUACCACCAAAGAAGAAUACCAAGGAGAAUGGACUGCACCUGUGGCAGAGUUCCCUCAGGCUGAGGUUGCUGACUGGUCUGAAGGUGUACAGGUCCCAUCUGUUCCCAUCCAGCAGUUUCCAGCUGAACGUCCAGAAAUUCCAGCAGCAAAACCUGCAGCUGAAGACUGGAGUUCACAGCCAGCUAGUACUGAUGACUGGUCUGCUGCCCCUACUGCUCAAGCAUCAGAAUGGACUGGAACCACUACUGAGUGGUCUUAAGAACACAUAUGUCCCAAGUGUGUACGGUCAUGAAAAGACGGUGAAAUAAAAUUUCAUUUUCACUUUU